AAGUGGGUGGCAGCCGGGACGCAGCGACUCUCUUCUCCGGAAGGCGAGCUUUCCUCCGUCGCUGUUGCAGCCGCCGGACCUGCGACGCUCUUCUCUGAAGAAAAGCUCCCCCCGCCGCGGCCUCUCCAGCCCGAGCUCGCGCUUUCUGCGUCCCCAACUGCACAGCUGCGGCGCCCUGCCUGCAGAGAUCCCGAAACCUCCGGCCCUCCCCGCGUCCCUUCGCGCUGCAGCUAGGCCGCGCCCAGAAGCCCAGUCCGCGGCUGCUCCGGCGGGUAAUGCCAAAUACAGCCAUGAAGAAAAAGGUGCUGUUGAUGGGGAAGAGCGGGUCGGGGAAGACCAGUAUGCGGUCGAUUAUCUUUGCAAAUUAUAUUGCUCGAGACACACGGCGCCUGGGGGCCACCAUUGAUGUGGAGCACUCCCACGUCCGAUUCCUGGGCAACCUGGUGCUGAACCUGUGGGACUGUGGAGGUCAGGACACCUUCAUGGAGAAUUACUUCACCAGCCAGCGAGACAACAUCUUCCGUAACGUGGAAGUUUUGAUCUACGUGUUUGACGUGGAGAGCCGCGAGCUUGAAAAGGACAUGCAUUAUUACCAGUCGUGUCUGGAGGCCAUCCUCCAGAACUCUCCUGAUGCCAAAAUUUUCUGCCUGGUGCACAAAAUGGAUCUGGUUCAGGAAGAUCAGCGUGACCUGAUUUUUAAAGAGCGAGAGGAAGACCUGAGGCGUUUGUCUCGUCCGUUGGAGUGCGCUUGUUUUCGAACAUCCAUCUGGGAUGAAACGCUCUACAAAGCCUGGUCCAGUAUCGUCUAUCAGCUGAUACCCAAUGUUCAGCAGCUGGAGAUGAACUUAAGGAAUUUUGCCCAAAUUAUUGAGGCCGAUGAAGUUCUGCUGUUCGAGAGAGCUACGUUCUUGGUCAUUUCCCAUUACCAGUGCAAAGAGCAGCGUGACGUCCACCGAUUUGAGAAGAUCAGCAACAUCAUUAAGCAGUUCAAGCUGAGCUGCAGUAAAUUGGCCGCUUCUUUCCAGAGCAUGGAAGUUAGGAAUUCUAACUUCGCAGCGUUCAUCGACAUCUUCACAUCAAACACAUACGUGAUGGUUGUUAUGUCCGAUCCGUCGAUCCCAUCUGCAGCUACUCUGAUCAACAUUCGCAAUGCCAGGAAACACUUUGAGAAGCUGGAGAGAGUGGAUGGUCCCAAGCACAGCCUCCUUAUGCGUUGAAUAUUGCCAAAUGCUCUUUUUGCAAAUGCUGAAUUGCCCUUUUUUCCCGCAUCUUUUUUUUUUGUAAUAUUCAUAAUGUUGUGUGCUUAAAAGUGGGCUUUGAAAUGUGUGCUGCUUACUAUUCCCUAUCCAUUUCUUCCUACUCCCCAGUCUUUAAACGUGGGACGCUAUUUACUCAGCUAUCCAGUAGAGCUUCAAGAUGGCUUUUUCUGAAAAGUUGGUGUGGUGUACACUGAAGUAGGUGGUGUGUGUGUGUGUUCUGAUACCUGGUUAUAAUAGAUAUAUACAUCAAAGCCUUUACAAAUAUAUUCCUGUAUUCCUUUCAAGAUUGCAAAAAUGGAAUGUUACUAUUUUAUCAGCAAGGUAUUAAAAUGCAUUUAUACAUUC